AUGACUUGCAUCGAUCCGAAUUCCGGAGAACUUCUCACGCGAAAAGAAUGCGACGUAGGUGUCUCAUUGUAAAUUCUCUUAGGAAACUUGAAAUAAAUUUCAGAGCAACAUAAAGCAGGAGUUGAGAAACAAGAAAAAGAUCGACUAUUAUCACAUAAUGGCGAAAUCGCAGGAAGAGCACUUGGUCGACACGGAAAGCCAGUAUCUGCUGAUGCUCUCCGCCUUCCAUGGAGUUAUGGUAAGCUAUCGGAAAGUGACGCCAAUAUCGAAGUCCACGUUCAGAUCAAUGAGACGAUGAAGAAACCAGAUAGUCGCUCAUGCAACCAAGAGGCUGAUGUUGUCGGAUUCAACAUUAGACUGGCGUUUUCUGCAGAUGAUGGCUCCACUCUUCCAGGAGGACGGAAAAUCAGAAUUUCUUCAUUCAUCACACACAAUAUGGUGUCAUUCUGGCGCAAGAUUGACAUGGAGGAUGCAGUGGCGAAACCGCCGAAAAGGUAUUUUCCAAUACCCUGAAGUGAAAUGCUGAGUGUCCUUUCAGAUCGCCAAGAAGGACAAUCUGUUCUUUCUGUACGCGGCUCCGAAAAGCAAAAGGGCUACGACAUAUGUAUCCCUUCCCGAUGACUUCUUUGUUUCGUUCGGAGGUUUUCAACUAUUGAUCUUUUAUAGCUACAGUUGGCUCUUGCAGGCAUUAUCCACGCCGGAUUCGGCAUAUCACCGGAAGAAAUGACGAAGACGAUCGCGCUGACACGAGAUGUGCUGACAAACUUUUUGUAAGAGUUUCAAACGUAAUUGCGGAGCAAAAUUUUCUAUUUUUUCAGAUAUCGCCUAAGAAGUGAUUACAAAGAGAUUCAUGGCAAAGAUUCCGUCAAAUCAGCGCUUCUGUCUUUCCGAAGUGUGCUCGAGAAAGAUUCCAGCUUCCGCGCCGAGGAAGACACACUAUUGGGCUCAGAACUGUCUUCCGAAUAA